UCCCGGCCACUACACCGGUCUCUAACCUCUUUAGGUAGAAGUACGAAUGAAGCCCCCCCCUAAUUAGGAUUAGUACGGUUGGUUUCAGUAGAAACAUGCUGGAACGCAUUGAAAUUAGUGUUAUUCCCAAUGACUCGAAACAUGAGGUUACAAUACUCCAAAUCACUAAUUGCCUGGAUAAUCUGCAUCGGGCAGCCUCGCAUAUUUUUCAGGGUAUCGAUGAACGAAUUGCUGGGUAUAGUAAGAGAUUGUUAACCAUACGAGUGAAAACUAAUAAAAUAGAGAGUCAACUCAAUUACCUUCAAAAUACAAUGAGUAUGAAGGCAGUAAAAAUGUUCUCAGAUGCAAAAUACCCAGCUUACUCGACCUAUCAAGAGUAUCAAGUCAUAGUCGACCCAAAAGCACUUCAGAGGAAUCCAGAAGCUCGAGAGACAUCGACUUCCUCAGAUAAAAAAAGACCAAAACCCACAGAUUCUGGCCAAUCACUAACAACUGUGAAUUAUUACUCUCCAGAAUUGAACUUGAAAGAAAAACUGCAUUUUUAUUAUGUGAUGGGAAAGUCGUUGCAGAAGAGACCUGAGGAAUGUUUGCAGAAAUUUAAUAUUGAUAAAGUAUCUUCAGUCAGUGCUCUGCUUAUGAAUGAAUCGAGUUUGGAGGAUCUAAAGCAGCCGGCGUCUUCCAAGGAGAGAGCUGAACAGAUGCAGGAUGCUCCUGACUCCAUUGGACAGCCGUGGCGUUCAUCGGAUAUUGAAUCACCUUCUUAUUUAUAUGCACCAAUGUUGGGAGAGGUUCCUCAAAUAAACGUUCCAGCAAUUUUGCCAGACCUUCCAGGAAUCGUCGAUGAUGAGAGAUUCGUCCUAGAUCUGACUUCGCAGUGUCCAAUUACCCCAUCAUCCACUGUGACAUCCCCCACUGUUAGAAUUGAUCUUCCAGAUACAGCAAUAAUAACAGAGAGGCCAGAAAAUAAGCAAAAUGAGUUGCAACUCGAUCCUCUGAACCUACCAAACAUGGGAGACAGUGCACUUCAACAAGGUCCAUCUCUCCCACCUCCACCCCCGCCGCCCCCUCCCCCUCAAUUGCUACCAGAGACCUUCUCCACUGUUCCACCUGUUCCAUCAACUCCUGCAGCUCCUCCGCCACCUCCUCCUCCAGCUCCAGAGGCACACCCACCUCCAGAACCAAAGAUACCUGUAAAAACUCCAGCUGCAGUAGGAGGGGACGACAGAGGAAACCUUAUGGCUUCGAUUCGAGCUGCUGGUGGGGUUGGAAAGGCAAAAUUGAGACAAACAAGGUCGAUUAUCGAACAAACUGAGGACAGAUUUUCCUCUGCGUCUGUUGGUGGCGAUCUAAUGGCAGAUCUUCAUGCGAAAUUGGCGAUGAGGAGGAAAGCAAUGACUGGAGGGGCCGUGGGAGCUCUCGAACGAAUUUCUAGGCUGAUUCCUCCUCCACCGAAGCCGAAUGAAAUUUCUGAUAGAAAUUCUGUUACGAGUGAAUGUGAUUCGCAGAAUGAUAAUGAUGAUUGGGAGGAAUAGUUUUUUGUGAUUAAAUCAGUGAUGUUAAAAAUAUAGAGUCGUGGAAUUGUAAUGUUGGGCAUAAAUAUUUUUCGUAAUGUUUUUUGCUAUGACUUUUCAUUUCCUAUUACAUUUCCGAACAAUGCCUGUGAUAGAUUCUAAUAAGAUAACGGAUUAUCUACGUGCUCUAGAAUAUACACAUCUCCUAAGAAUAAGGUACACAGUUGUUGCAUUCGGCACAGAAUUCUUGGUAUGAAAAAAUAUAAAAAAUUUUAAAUUA